UUUUUUGAAUAUUUUUAAUGGGUAAACGUAAAAUGGCACUUGCUCUGAUGUUGAGCAGUCACUUCUUCUCCGGCCUCAUGGCUCUUGCUGACUUUGACAGUGCCAAACACACCUUCAUUGACAAUGUUCAGCUUUCUGGGUCAACACUGCACUACUUGUCCCUGGUGGUACUGACCAUUGCUCUGGCUAACAUAGUUCUUCCUGUGAGCAUCGUAUUCAUAAAAGGGCACAGCUCCAAACUGUUGUGAGUGGUCAUGAGCAUCUUUGUGCUAGCAAAGUCGUACAGCUUCCACAACUCGCAGAGGCGGCUGCACUGGGCAAACACAGAGCUGGACGAGGAGUGUCUGUGACUAGAUCUUCUGGUAUCCAUUGGGCUGUUGAUAUACGGUGGAACUGGAUGCAAGUCAAUUUCCAGGCACGAAGCUUAACUUUGCAAUUAUCAGUGUGUUCUUCUUCAAACUAUAUUUCAAUCCUA